AUGAAAGCGUUUAAUUUUGAAGAUUUAUCAACUCCUGCGUUUAUCGUCGAUUUAGAUGUUGUCAAACGAAAUUGUCAAAAUAUGAUCGACAUGGCGAAAAAGUAUGACUGUGUUUUGCGUCCGCAUAUGAAAACUCACAAAACGCUUGAAAUUGGAGAAUUGAUGGCUCCAAGUAAAAAGAAAAUUUCAGUCUCGACUCUAGCAGAACUAGAGUUUUUCGCAAAUGGUGGUUUUGAUGACAUCCUCUUUGCGAUACCGAUUACUGAGGACAAAUUGAAGAGGGUGAAGGCUAUUCAUGAGCAGAAAGACGUGUCGAUUUUGGUGAACACUGUUGAGGUUCUCGAGAUUUUGGAAGAUUGUAACAAGCCAUGGAAAGUGCUAAUCGAGGUGAGCACUGGCUAUGAACGAAGCGGAAUCAACGUCGAAGAGGAAGCUAAAAUUUCCAAAAUACUUUCACGAUUAUUAGCAGCGCCAGAUCGGUUCACCUUCAUGGGCAUUUACAAUCAUUGCGGACAUACUUAUUUGAGGAAUAAGGAUUCGACAGUCGAGAAAAUUGAAGAGAUGAACAAAGAAACUGUGGCCAAGCUGAAAAAACUAAGAGAUCACUUGGAAGAUCAAUUCGAAGAUGCUGCGCCUAUAUUCAUCGGCACUGGAUCUACUCCAGGUUGUGGACAGCCCGUAGACGAAUUCGGAGAGCUCGACGAACUACACCCUGGAAACUACUGUUUCUACGACUACUGCCAAGAAACUCUAGGAAGUUGUAAAGAGGCCGACAUCGGCGCCUUCGUUCUAUCUCGAGUUAACUCUGUGUUCGAGAGCUACAUCGUCAUUGACGCCGGAUUUUUAGCAAUUUCAAAGGAUUCUCCCGAGCUCGAUUUCGGAAAAGUUCUAGCGCCUAAUGAUGAUAUGUUCAUAUCUGGAAUGAGCCAAGAAGCCGGAAAGCUCAAACUAAAAUCUGGGGACUUUGACCUCAGGAAAGAUUUCAACAACCAAUUUUUUCACCCCCAAAUUUAUUAUGACAUGCUUUAA